UUUCGGGAGUGCAGGGCCAUGGCUCUCUUUACCUGACCUGUGUAACUUAUAAACUUCUACGACACAGCUUUAUAUCUGUGUAAAGGUGUGUUUUGUCAACGAUGAUUGAGAAAUAUGGCCGAUGACGAGCUCGAUGCGUUCAGGGAGAGUUGGAAACGAGAGUUAACGUGUAAAAAAGAUGAGCAGCGACCUGCCGGUGCUGCUCCCCCUUCCUGGGAUGUUCCUGGUCAAUCAGGCCCGAGAGACUCGAAAAAUAGGUAUUUUGAAGACUUGAAAAAUCUAACCAAAGCCUGUAGUCCUUUAAAAGCAGAAGAGGAUGGCUGCACUGAGGAUGAAGGAUGUGCAGGUGUAGAGGGAGGAAAAGCUGCAGAAGAGACGGAGGAUCAGCCUGAGUAUGUGUCCAUUGCACGUAGUUUGCUGGAUGGGAGGACCAGUCCCCUGUUGGACAGGAUUCAGGAGGAGAGAACAAGGAGAAAGAGGCAGUAUCACAACAGGACAAAUGACUGCAGCACAUCCCUGCAGCAGCAACUACAGCCUCAGAGAAAGGUCAAGAGAGACAAGGAGUUGGUGGAUCAACUCAUUCAGGAUCUGAAUGAAGUCAAUGACAUUCCCUUCUUUGAUAUCGAGUUGCCGUACGAGUUAGCCCUGAAGAUCUUCCAGUAUCUCGACUGCACUGAGCUGGGCCGAUGUGCACAGGUGAGCCGGGCAUGGAGAGUUCUUGCAGAGGACAGUGUGCUGUGGUUCAAGAUGUGCACGAGGGAGGGUUAUCACCAGGAUGCCAGUGUGUCCGACUCCCCCUGCUGGAAGAGCACGCUGCGAGACUGCAGGAACUCGGCCAAAACUGUGAGCUCCAACUGGAAGAAUCGAGUGGGAUCCAUCAGCCAGCUGCAGUUCGAGCUGGGGAAAGUGCUGUGUGACGUCAGCUCCUGUGACAACUUUGUCUUGGCCGGAUACACAUCUGGUGAUGUGAGGCUGUGGGAUACACUGCACUGGGACUCCAAAGCCUCGUUUCUAAAGCCCAACAGCCUGUCAGCUUACACGGACCCCAGACCACAUGUUAGUCACGUCCGGGUCAACAGCACGGUGGCUGCCGCUGCUUAUGAAGAUGGCUGUGUGGACCUGUGGAGCACAGAGACGGGCGGGCAGCCCCUCUACCACUACCAGAGCCCAGGGAGGAUCCAGGCCUUGGCCCUGAGCCCCGACAGCCCCGUGCUGGGCUCCGCCGCGGGGCCUGACGUUCGGCUCGACGCUGCUGAUGAUUGCGGCUACUGGAGGACAGUCUGCCGGGCCCAGCUACCUAAGACUGUGGAGAGCCUGGUAUUGGUGCCGGGCAGGGGUCAGCAGGGCCCACUGGCGGCCCUGGCAGCGGGAGAGGCUGUGCUCCUGCUGGACCCACGAGAUGACGAGCCGCGGACGCUCCACUCAGUCUACGGCCAUCCCGUCACUUGCCUGGACGCCUCCGACUCCAAUGUCGCACUCGGGGUAAAGCGCACGGGCUGGGCGAUGCACGACGGAGGCAACAAGAUCCAUGUCUACAGCCUGGAGACGGGCAAAUCUGCGGCCUGUGUCGGCAACUCGCCGGGAGAUUUUACCUGCAUCAACCUGAGGGACAGCUCUCCUCACCUGCUGGUGUGUGGAAACAAAGACAGGAGGGUGAGGGUCUUUGACCUACGAGCCGGCUCCUCCGUGGCGUCCCUGUAUGCUCACCACCUGGGCGUGACAUCGGUGCAGGCGGACGAUUGGAAGAUUGUGAGCGGCGGAGGCGAAGGAUUGGUGUGUGUGUGGGAGAUGAGGAUGGGAGCCAAGCUGUGGGAGAUGCACAACAGGCAUCCUGUAAGGCAUGUAAGCUUCAACACCAGCAACCUGGUAACAGCCAACAUCCCAGAUGACAAGUCGCCGCGGGGGGCGUGCAUCACAGAUGAUGACCUUACAGCUCACCGCAGACACAGGGGAGUCAUCUGCCAUUACGACUUCUCUGAGGACGCGCUGUCGCAGGAUCACAUUCUGCCCAUCUGCAGGUCUGACUACACCGAGUCCUACGGCUACAACUACAACAUCAGCCUGACGGUGCCUUACGACAGGCUGUCCGGCUCCCAUCCGUCCCACUGACACACAGUUUCCCUCAGACUGCAGCCUGGCUCAGUGAGCGGCUAAACAGACAAUAGAAAGUCUCACUCCUGUAUCAGUUUGAUUCUCCAAACUGUAUCCUUUUAUUUUACAAAUUUAAUUUUAUCAUCCUGGUCAAAAAUCAAGCUUUUGAGAGAUGUAAUAUUUGUAUGUACCUGUUAUGUCUAUUAACUGCUGCACAGGUAUUUGUACUUUACAGUGCUGGUUUCAGAUGUUGCACAGCCUUUUAAACCAUUAGUGUAAAAUUAAUGAAUUUUUAAUAGAUGUUUGGCUCCCUGGAUUUUAAUCAAUGCCACCAUGCAACAUCACAGUAAUAAA